AUCCCAUAUUACAGCUGUGGGGCUCGGUGGUGGCAGCAUGGUCAUGUGGGACUCUGUUUCAGGCUCUUCGGCCACAGCGGCGCCUGCUGCGCCUGCGGACAGUCCAUCCCGGCCAGUGAGCUGGUGAUGCGGGCUCAGGGCAGCGUCUACCACCUGAAGUGUUUCAGCUGCGCCACCUGCAGGAACCGGCUGGUGCCCGGCGACCGCUUCCACUACGUCAACGGGACGAUCUUCUGCGAACAGGACCGGCCCGGCGCCGCCCUGGUGGCGCUGCAGGGCGGCGGCAUCAUGGCCGACCAGAAGGUUUGCUGAAGAAGACGAUGGAGCCAGACGUGUCGUCUUCUUCUUCUUCUUCUUCUUCUUCUUCUUCUUUUUUUUCUUCUUCUUCUUCUUCUUCUUCUU